AUGGCCAUGGAUACCAAGUUAAAAUUAAGAGACUGGGCAGGGGUUUCGGAUUUGAUACUCGACUUGAUUUAUCAAAAAUUGCCUUCACUUUCUGAUUGUUUAUGCUUUGGCGCUGUAUGCAAGCCAUGGUUUUUCUUCGUAUCCAACAACAAUUAUGACGCCCUACGACAACGCACCGGUUCUAGUUCCGUCGAAGAACUUCCUCUACUAAUGAUCUUUAAAGAUCGAGCUAGCGCGUCUACAGCUAACACAAGCUUAUACAGUGUGACCAGAGGUAAAAUAGUUAUGGAUCUCGAGAUACCAUUAGGAUGGACACACAGAUGUUGUGGUUCUUCUCAUGGUUGGUUGGCUUUUCAAGGUGACUUUAGUUUCGCACUUUACAAUCCUUUCACACGCGAGAAAAUAGAUCUUCCUCGCCUUGAACUUACGGCCACUAAAGUCAUUUUAUCCAAGAACCCUUCGGCCAAUCCAAACGAUUAUGAGGUCAUGGCUAUGUCCAGGAACUGGGGCGAGAGUAGACUGGCUAUCCUAAAACCCAGUAGUAGUUAUUGGAAAUUCGUUCGUAUUCUCACUGGAUGCCCUAAAUGUGAUGUGAUAUAUUACGAUGAGAGAUACUACGUUGUGGAUUAUGGUGGUAAGGUUUUCUCUAUAGACAACACUACUUUGAAAUAUACAGAGAUUGCACCGGAUUACGGAUACGGUGGUUUCAUAGAAUUUUAUCUCGUACAGACCACAACUAAUGAGUUGCUAAGAGUUCAUAUACUUCGUCCACAAUAUAAGCCAUCACGUGUUAAGAUUUUGAAAUUGGUUGCAAGCCCGAUGACCCCAGAGUCUAGAAUUGAACAGUUGGACAGCUUGGGAGAUGAGGCCUUAUUCUUGUGUCAACAUAGUUCAAUGUCUGUUUUGGCUUCCCAAUUUUCGGGAUGCAAAUCGAAUUCGCGGAGUGAAUAUUGUUCAGUAGACAUUGUUCACCUUCAAGAUGACAGCUUCAACAGCCACUGUUCUUUCGACAAGUUAAUUCAUGAUACGCACGCCACAAUGCCACCAGCAUCGUGGAUCAUUCCUACCCUAAAGCUUUGA